AAUGUUCACUAGAUUCUCUGAUGGAUGAUAAUCUGCUACUUACUUUCCGAGUCCGACUUCGCAAUCUCAGGGUCUCCCUGUCAACGUUGCAUCCUGCGAUACUGUGCGUCCAUGCGAAUCAGGCACAGUAUCUAUCGAUAUCAGAUAGAUCAGACUGUUAGAAAUAUAUCAUCUAUCAACCCUGCAAAGGCGAUGAUAGGUGUAUUCGUAAAGGGUCCAAUGCAGGUCAUAUAGGUGCCGAUAAGCAAUAUCGUGCAUAUCGCAUGCUAGCUCACGCUGUUCUGACGGUGUGCCGUUCGGUACGGUAUACGUACAGUAUGAUGCAUGCGGCAGAUGAAAUGGGGGACUCGAUAGCUCGAUAGCCCACCUGCAUCGCCCGAAGUCUUCCAUUUGGAUAUAAAAACUAUGGCAAGUUUCCUUGGAUGUUCAUUCCGCCCUCUCUUUCUACAUUUGCUAUUCAAAUAACGAGAUGUCCUCACAAAGCGCACAACCCGACCCUUCGAUAUUCGACUUCGAUCAAAAUAUCACCGGGUGGAAUGAUGACACGCCCAAUCUCUACAUCGAACGACUGAGACGCCUAUGUCAAACGCUUCCUCUGAACACCGCUCUUCGUGCGUACGUCCAGCUUGUGUUUGAGAAGAUGGUUGACCCUGCAAUAUUGGACCGCAGCGCACUAGUCGAUGACGGGACAGGUAAACCUCUUAUGCUAGAAGUUCAACACGGCGGGCCUACAGUGUUAAUCACUGAUUUAUUCAACGCAUUGGGAUGGUUGAUUUCUGUUUUAGAAGUGGGAGUGGCGCGACCAAGUUCCAGGCUACCUGAUCUUUUUAUGCUGAGCAUCCGGUUUGCCAGACUUUGCAAUCUUCUGUCGAAGAAGACGCGGUCUGCAGUAAGGGGACCGGCAAUGGCAGGCAUCAUGUGGCUUACCGAGCUGGGCGGGGGCGCAGCAGAAAUCGAAAAUGCCUCCUCAGCCAUCUUAGAAAGCAACACCCUUGUCUUGGGAACCUCCAUUCCGGGGGGGAAAUCUGAACGUCUGAAGAAGUUCCAAACAUCGGCACAAGAAGCUCAGGGUCGCAUGAUCUUCUCCGUUUUAGGUGUAUGGGGCCUGAAUGACAGAAAGGACUCGAACCCCUUGGGAAACUGCGCGGAGUCUCGCGGCUUUGUGACAUUCAACGAUAGGAAAUACCUCCUGAACAGUAUCGCGGUUAGAAUCUAUAUGGUAAAUGACAAAUGGUCUAGAGAGGGUCUCUCUAAUGAGAAACGCUUGUUUGCCAAUGCAUGUAAAACAUGUGUCAGAGUUGUCCUUCAGUCCAAGUUACCAUUCCGUGAUCUAGUCCUGGAGCGAAAAGGGAGACCUAGUUUCUUCGUGCUAGAUGACCGGACUAGCCUCAAGCAGGUACGAGACUGGGAGAAGGAAUUUGGAUUCGAAAAGGGUACACUUCGUGAGAUAUCUGAGGCGGAACUCGCUGCAUUUCAGGAACAAGCGGACACUCAUGGAGGGGAUGAUGAUGACAGUGAUGACGACUUGGCUGACAGGAUUGCACGCCUCGACGUGACGAAUAAAAACUUGACAUCGUCUUAUGGAAACGAUGGUAGAGCAGCACAUUCUGGAGGCUCUCAGAGUGGUCGUCAGGACUUUGAAACAUCUCAGGCUCCGUCUGGGGUUUCUGCACGCGGUCCGAGCCACUCAGGUUCGUCAAACCGUGAACAAAGAUCUGGCCCGGAGCGCUCUCGAACCGGACAGACUCCUCAGCGCAAAGACAAAAGUACUAUACCUUCUCGGAACCAUCCACAAUCAUCUGUUGACCCACGGUUGACUGGUUCAUCUGCCUCCUCGAACCUGGCUUCCUCGUCGCAUUCUCGUACUCAUGCGGAAACGUCCUAUGACUAUUCUGGCACCGACUACGCUCGUAGUUCUCAGGAUAGCUCCCUUCUAUCGUACUCGUCCACCCAAAAACAACGGUAUCAGUCUUCUCAGACUGCACCUGCUCUGGGCUAUUACCCUCGGGAUUCUGCUCCUCAGCCUCCCGUUCUGCGAUCUGAUCGUUCUAGUGUGCAACCGCAAAGCUACUCUCAUUCCGGGCAAGCUACUAAUCGAUAUGAUGUACGCUACUCAGGUGGACCCGUAGUUUCCUCCACGUCGUCUUCACAUGACUCGCAUGGGUCGGAAUCGUCGCGAAUGCUAGAGCAGCGCGGACCAUUCGAUACUUCACAGCCGGACAUGUCUGGCGGUGCAGCCCUCUCACGUAGGGAAGACGACAACUUCUACGCUGGGCAACGGGAUAACAGCUAUGGCGAUUCAUACCGUUCUAAUCUUCAGCCUUCUGGUUACACUCCAGCACCUCCUGUACCUCAGAAUUACUCGGCAUCAGCUCAAUCUGUUCAAGGUUCCUAUGCGCCCAUGGUGCAGAGUCAAGGUCCAGGCCCGAAUGUCUAUGGCUGGUCACCGCCAGGACCUGGAUAUCUGGGCCCCAACCAAUAUCCUGACCCCAAUCAAUAUCCCGGACCCAAUCAAUAUCUUCAAGCCACCACCUCAGGUGCAAACCUUUAUGGUCCGAAUGCUAUGGCACCAGCUGGGCCCUCUCCUUAUGCUGUGAACCCUUCAUUCCUUAACCCCGAGCAACAACGUCAACAACCGCCGGGUCCUCCUGGCCCUUCGUUUGUGCCACCGAGUCAGUAUGAUACAGGUUCUGUACCCGGGCCAGGUUUCUAUCCUGGAUCGUCGCAAGGCGAUCCGCGUCGCCAAGGUCGGGAAGGCGGCGGUUCUGGAUACCGACAAGGCUAUUGACUUGACGUGACAUAGUUCGAUUUAUCUCGGUCGCCUUACAUGUCUUUAUGCCAAACUCCUACUACCGACUUUACUUUUCUCCUUGACCUUUGCUACUUCUCAGUAUCGAUCAUAGUGCUGACUAUCACUCGACGUGUAUAACAUUUUGUAUUAUAUGAAUUCCUUUGGUAGACUUCAAUAGCACUGUACGUUUCCUCCAGUUAAUAAUAGAAUAAGACUUUGCCGUCGUUUACAGGUCAUUAAAACA